UGAGGUCAGGUGUGAUGAGGAAGCACAUGACGAUCACGACCUGGGCAGAGUCCUUCCGUGUUCUUGUAGAGGGGACAGAGUGUUAAAAGACUGGAGAUCUGUGACACAACGCCAUGAUGUUGGGGAUAACUGUGCUUCUGGCUAUCUGUGCGGCAUGUACUGCCCAGGUCCCUAUCCCCCAGCGGCCCCCAGGGUUCGCCUACGCGGGAGGGAUGGCCUCCGCGCCCGUACAGCUGGAGGCCUUCCUGGACCUGAUGUGCCCGGACUCCAAGGCCGCCUACCCCGUCAUGAAACAGGUGGCCACGGCAUACGGGAGCAGCACACUCCGGUUCACGGCACACAUGUUCCCGCUUCCCUACCACAGGACGGCCUUCAUCUCCGCACAGGGAACGUUCGUUGCUGCCGAGGCGGGGUCUGACUUGGUGUGGAAGUGGCUGGACACCAUCUUUGAGCAGCAGGAGGAAUACAAAAUCCCCAAAACCAACGACAUGUCGGACACGCAGAUCAUCAAGAAGCUGGCCAUGGUAGCAGAGUCUAUGGGUAUCUCCUCUAAAAACUUCACCAUGCAAGUGAACAACGAUGAGGACAUGGUGUACGAGAAUGCGAGAGUCGCCUGGAAGUACGGCUGUAUUCGUGGUGUAGCCGGUACGCCAUGGUUCCUCCUGAACGGAGUUCCUGUUAACGCCAGCCCAAACUGGACUGUGGCGCAGUGGAAGCAGAUCAUCGACUCCCUGCUUAAACAACAGGGCGUUUUUGUGAAGGAGACCAUGGAGGGAUCCUCCAACUGCCCGCUCCUUCAGAAAGAGUGCAACUACCUGCCGGGAAAGUAUGAGUGCUGCACUAAGGGGGAAGCAUGUAUUCCCAACGUCGGUUGUAGGUGCUAAUGAGAACUUAAAACAUCUCCGCCUUACGUAAAUGCUUGGACAAUAUGUAGAUUUGACGGAAACGUAAAAUAUACACCUCACACUAAAUCUAAUGGUUGACAAUGUUACAUUUGAUUGCUGCUGCUACUUUCUUGCAUUAGAAUCCUUAUGGUUUGCAGGUACAAAAGCCACUAUGUCCAAACUAAAGUGUACUAGUCCAGUAGAACUUAAAUGCUGAUCAAAUGAAAAUGUUUGUCAGUCUAAAAGUGCAAAAUGUAACUAUCAUUUAUAGUUGUUGGCUUCAACAUAUAUACUUUCAAUUGUAAAAAAAUAAUUUGCGGCAAACAAGAUCAAUCAUAAUAUUGUAUCGACUUGAAUAUGUGCAAUGUGUUACUGUGUGCUUCAUAUAAAUUUCUGAAAAUAAAGCAACAAGAAGCUUUUGA